GUUGAGACGCCUCUGGCCGGGGCGAUCUCCCGCUGCUCUCCCACCUAGAACAUCUGAAUGAUGUCCGGGGAAACAUCAGGAGCUACACUGCAUUUAGACAACGUAGAAAGCACUGUGGACACAUGGAGAACAGACAUCGGAGGGAAUUCAGCACGGCCUAUAAUACCACUCUCUACCAGACAGAGACUGCAAAGUAUAUACAGCGUCCGUAGUACGGCUCAUAAGAUUUCGCUAUAUUAUGCAGUAACUGCAAAGAGUUCUUCUCCUGCACAGACUCUUUAUCAGCCAUCAGUUGUGCAUUCUACUAGUUCCUGUUCUACAGAAGGAUUUACGACUUAUUAUAUGCAGUUUCCUGUAUCAAUUCCUAAGUUUCUUCUAUGGAGUUACAUACAAGCAUCCCUAUGUCACAGUAUGUCUUUGACACCCUUGAGACCAAUGGCCACCAUCUUCCAGUGAUGACUGGUUCUUACCUUCCAAUGACUUUUUAUUUUAAGUUCCUCAAAGGAAAACCUUUGGCCUUAGGAAUUUGUAUCAUUGUUGUGUCCCUCAUCCAGAUAGUUCUAGGUAUUCAGUCAUUUUUUAAUAUACAGAUCAGUCCUUUCUCUAUCUUCACUGGAAUCAUGUGUUGGGCUCCUGUGUUUUACAUCAUAACAGGGUCCUUGAUGAUUGCUGGAAAUAAUAAACCAUCCAUAUGUCUGGUCAACAGCUCCAUGGUUCUCAACAUUAUAAACUCAUUUAUCAGUCUCAUUGGAAUAAUACUGGCUGUCUUAGAUAUUUACAUAGUUACUGCAUCAUGUCAUCACUUUCGGACAGAAUUAAGAUGCAUAGGAUUUGGAGGAAUGGCAACCUAUUCCAUCCUUCUGGUCAGUGAUGUUAUGCUGCUUUUCAUUUUCAUAUAUUCUGCAGUCGUUGAAGGGUCCUCUAUGAAACAUGUGCCAAGUAUUCCUCAGGCAUGGCAGGCAUCGAAAGUAUGAAAUCCCCUAUUUACAAGAACUUAAAUGGUCUAGAUGCUCCAAGGAUUGUAUGGCUCACAGAAAACCUACCUGCACAAGCAUGUAUUAUAUGUCAUGUACUCUAUAACCUUAUCUGCUGUGAUUUAUUAUUGAGCAUAUUUCAUAAAGUUGUAUAAUAUUUUCUUUAUUGAGCAUUGUUCACAUUAACCAAUCAGUACAACCCCUUUCUGAGAUUUUGAGUCUUUCAGCAGCUUGGCAUACAAUAACGUUGCAGGGAUGUGUAAAGGCCCUUGUAGACGGCCUUGUGGUGCCCCAAUAAUGAGUUUACAGAGCCUUCACUCAAUCUCAAUCGUGUCAGCCGGGUCACAGGAAUGAUUGCUGAAUCACUAGGAAUGCUCAUUUGAAAGAUAAUCGGUCCAUAUAAAAGGGCCUUUAGGAGAAUUAUGUGCCUUUAGGAGGCCCAUGUUAUUGCCAUUUUCUGUAGUUUCUGUGCAUUUUGACAAUAUGGUGGCAGGGAAACUCUCUUCAAAAGUAGUUAGAAGGGGCCAGCAUGGGGGGUAUGAUGUGUAACUGUGAUUGCACUGAGACUAUGGGACUGUUCCAUGUUGGAGUCACUAUGCUAACAUAAAACAGGUGGGUCAUAAAGCUAGUAGAGAGGGUAAGUUGUAAUAUGCUGAGAGACACAACAGUGGUCUUGGUCUGGUGCAGAUGUGUAAGAGACAGAAUACUUCUGGCACAACAGUGACAUGGGAAAGCCAUGUGUGCACUGGGCUGUGACAAGUGAACUGUGUGAAGCUGUGACUACAGAAAAAAGUCCUGACCUGUAAGAUUGCUGUUUGAGCCAUUAAAAUAAGUGUGAUGUGUGGUUCCUGUUCGUGACAGGAAUGGCUGGGGUUGUUGAAGACAUCUAGUUGUAGUUCAAAAAGGGCACCUGGAGAGAUUGCUGAGCCCAAAGGACUCCUGGAGGAGUGUGGCCUUUGAGUAAGUUGCACUAGAGCAGAGAGUGUACAUGGUUAGCCCUGAAGCAGGGUCAUUUGUUAGAGCAAAGACACCAUCAUGACCACCAGGGCACAGGGACUGAGUCUAUAUAAAGACUAUAUAGAUACUAUAUAGACUUUGCCGCACAGAACUGCAAGCUUCAACUGUUAUUCAAAUAUGUGCCUAUAAACUUGUAUAUAUGUUUCUUUUAACUCCCAAGCUUAAAGUGUCUUAUCUGAAUAAAA